AUGCAGAUCAACAAUGUUAAUAAAUUCAUUAAACUUAAGAAUAUUGUUAUUGUUAUUAUUUAUCCCAAAAUGAUUGUAUUAUCAAAAAUAAAUAAGUUUAAUAUUUUUGGGAUUAUGAUGAAUGGAUAGAUUUUGAAGUUACAACUUAUCCAUCACUUAAUGGAUAUCAUACAUUUAAUGCAUGUACAUAAUUUCAAAAUUGUAUAAAUGGAUAUACUAACAUUGGUUUUUGAUUUUGUUAUUCUGAUACAAAUUUUGAUUCAUUAACAAGUGAAUAAUUAAUUGAUAGUUUAUAUCUUUAAGAUUUAGCUUCAUAAAUUAAAAAUACUUGUUAUUUUAAUGCAGUUGUACCUAAAUAAAUAAAUAAGUUUGGAUGUAUUAAUUAAUCAGGAACUUGAAAAUUCUCAUAUUUACCUUGUUCUAAAUUAAAAAAUGAAAUAUAAUCAAUUUGUCCAAAGUUAUCAAAGGAGUCUUGUUUAACUGAUCUCACAAAAGAAAUAAGUUGUAAAUGGAAAAAUCAUAAUUGUAUAAAUUUACUUGAAAAUGAAAAUAAAUAACUAUCCUCAUGUUAAGAUUUAAAUCAAAAAGCUUGUCAAAUUGUUAGUUUAUCAAAUAUUUAGUGUAUUUGGAAUCAAAAAAUUAAAAGUUGUGAUUUGAUGAUUGCUAUAACAAAAAUGAAUGUAGUAGUAUUAAAAAUUUAGAUCACUUAAUUUCUAUAAGUGUUUGCUCAAGUGAAAAAACUAAAAGUUGUGUAAGACAUAAUGAUAAAACUAAAUUUACAGAAAUUAAUCAGAAAUUGGAGAGUUAUAAUCUAUAUGAAUUAAAUUAAUAAGCAUUUAUAUAAAAAAAUAAUCAUACCUUGUCCUUGGGUUUAAAUUAAUGAUGGAGGACAUUGUAAUAAUACUAAUUUCUUUAUAGGUUUAUGUUAACAUUUAUUAAAUUUAUCAGCUUGCAUUAAAAUUGAAACAUAAGGUAAAAUUUUUAAAAGGGAAAUAUCAACUUAAAAAUUUAUUGAUUACAUUUUUACAAAUUGUGAAUCAGCAAAUAAUGGACUUACAUAAAUGUCUUGUAAAAGUAUAACUGAAGAACCAUGUUUUUAAGAUAAUUUAUAAAUGUCAUGUAAUCAAGUCUAAUUUAUACCAACUAAUUGUUCUAACCAUUAUAAUUAUUAGGCUUGUAUGAUAUCUACAGAUUUCUGUAUAUGGGAUUCAAAAAGAAGCAUAAUAAAUCAAAAUGAAUAUUGCCUAAAAUUUAAUACUAAAAUUAAAAAGCCUUGAAAGUAAUUCAUAAAAUUGUUAAUGGCUUGAUAAUUAAUGUAUAAAUUUUGAUCCUCUUUUUAUUAAAUUUUAUUGUUAUCAAUUACCUAUGAAUAUCAAAAAUUAUGCUUGUAAAACUAAUUCACUUCAAUCAUGUAUUAAUGAUUCUAAAUUGAAAUAAUGUUUUGCAAGUAAAGAUAAAAUGAAAUCAAAAUAUGACUGGUUAUCAAAAGAUAUUUUUAGACUCUAAAAACCUAGUCAUUAAUCAUCUAUCUUAUUUGGUACAUGUGAAUAAUUUAAAAUAUAUAUUAUUUUCUAAAAUCAAGAAUUCUAAAUAAAUCGUGUAUUUGGAAUAAUUCUUUUUAAGAAGGAAUAGGUUUUAAGAAUAUAGCUUGUUAAGAUUCUCUCAAAAUUUUUGGGAUGUUUGAAUGUAUCAAAUAAGAAUUAAUAUUGUAUCUGA